GCGGUGUGCGGCAGCGCGGUACGGACACGGCCGGGCUGGGACAGACCGCCAGGGCCACGGCAUUGCGCUACGGGAAAGGGGCUUCUGAUCACCAUGGCUGCAGUGGAUCGCUUCAACCUGCUGUACAGAGAGAUCAGUCGUUCCUGCAGUGUUUACAUUGAGGCCCUGGCUAUAGUUGGAGCUUGGUACACAGUCAGAAAAUGUCUGACUCUUGUGUUUGACACUUACAGCAUGCUCAGGCUUCAUGUUAUUCCAAAGCUGGUUGGUGAGAUUGAUAUUGUCAAGCGGUAUGGAAGAUGGGCAGUGGUCACUGGUGGCACAGAUGGAAUUGGGAAGGCAUAUGCUGAAGAACUGGCCAAGCGUGGUGUCAAUGUAAUAUUAAUCAGCCGAAGCAAAGAGAAGCUAAAAGCUGUAUGUAGAAGCAUAUCUGAAACCUAUAAAGUGGAAACAGAUUUCAUAGUAGCUGACUUCAGUAAGGGGCGUGAGGCUUACCAAGCCAUUAAGGAGGGCCUGAAAGAUAGAGAAAUAGGAAUUUUGGUGAAUAAUGUAGGACUGUUUUAUACCUACCCAGAUUAUUUUACUAACCUGUCUGAGGAUAUGCUGUGGGACAUGAUCAACAUAAAUAUUGCUUCUGCUAAUAUGAUGGUGCAUAUUGUGUUGCCGGGCAUGGUAGAGAAGAAGAAAGGUGCAAUUGUGAAUGUCUCAUCUGCUUCCUGUUGUCAGCCAACACCAAUGCUAACGAUCUAUGGAGCCUCUAAAGCCUACUUGGACUAUUUCAGUAGAGCAUUGUAUUAUGAAUAUGCUUCAAAAGGAAUUUUUGUUCAGAGUUUAACCCCAUUUGUAAUUGCUACAAAAAUGGUAUCGUGCAGUAGCGUUACAUCAAAGAGAUCUUUCUUUUUUCCUUCUGCUGAAGAGUAUGCAAGUCAUGCUAUUUCUACCCUUGGGUUAUCCAAAAGGACUCCUGGUUACUGGAAGCAUUCAAUAGAGUUCACACUGGGUGAGCGUCUACCUGAAUGGAUCUGGGCAUGGUUUGCACAGUACUUCUGCAGAAUUAUACGCAAGGAAGCUUUAACGCACAAAGCGAAAUAGGAAUAUCCAGAUGUCCAAUGUAAAUGAGUACUGGAAUCUGAUUGGACUGCUACAAAAUGGUCAAGUGAAUCCUGGAUUUACUGUAAUUUAUCCAUAACUUACCGUGUAACUAGUGUUACUUGUAACAAUAACCUAGACAGAAGUGUGAGUCCCACAUCUUUGUGCUAAGUAGCUCCUUCUCUGCGUUCAUCCAGGAUGAAGAGUUGACCUUGCAUUGGUUAAUCUCAGUUCACUUUGUCUCUAAGGUAAUCAAACAGGAGCAGAUAUAACUUCAAUUCUGAUAGUAAAUGACUGUAUCAUAGUGCUAUGUAAUCUUGAUUUGUAAUGUUAACAGAAUUCGAGAAUUCUCCAGCUCUGGUGAUAAUGGACCCAAAACAAAUCAUGUUGUUUUAAAAAGACGGUCCUAGUCAAUUAAUAUGCAGUUUAUGAGUCUUCUGGUCUUUUCAUGGCAGAUACUUGUAUGUUUGAAGUGCAAAUAUUGUUGUUUUUGAAUGGAGUACUUACCACACAUCUUAAUUUUGAUGAAGUCAUACUAAUUUGGAGGUUGUUUAAAUGACAGAAAAGGUCUUAAAGAACUGCAAAGGAAUUUGAAGAUAACAUUUUUUCCUUUCUUAUUCUAAGUGUGAGUGCUCUUGACCAUGAUUUAAAUAUCCCUUUAGCAAUCUGAAGUGUGGCUGCUGAAUUGAAACAGGUUGUAAAAAUCCAUUAUGUAAAGAAAACUAACAAAUAAGUAGUGUUCUAAGAACAAAGGUUACUUUCAUAUGACAAAAAAAAUACUUAAGUCUUGA